AUGGGGAGCUUCACUUCCUGGUUCCGUCGUCACGGCGACAAGAGUCGACUUGCUUCGCAGGAUAUUACCCUGCGCGAGAGAGACGCGGAGGAUGACGAAGCGGGACAUGUGCCUCACGAGUAUCGGACGUACAAGAGGAGAUGGUUCGGGCUCGUGCAGCUUACACUGAUGAACAUUGUUGUGUCCUGGGACUGGCUGACAUUUGCACCGGUAGCGGGCAAGGCUGCCAAGUAUUACAAUGUUGACGAGUCCACCAUCAACUGGAUCAGCACCGCCUGCCUCCUCGCCUUUGUCUCCGUCUUCCCGCUCGUCAUCUGGGUUCUGCACCGCAGUGUACGACUCUCCUUCAUCGUCGCUGCUGUCCUCAUCCCCGUUGGCAACUGGAUCAGGUAUGCCGGGUCCACCAGCCGCAGCGGAGGCACCAUUGCGUACGCCAUGGCCGGCGAGGUCAUCAUUGGCUUCGCACAGCCCUUCGUCCUGGCGGCUCCCACGCGAUACUCGGAUCUGUGGUUCACAGCCAAGGGAAGGGUCACCGCGACGGCGGUCAUGAGUCUAGCCAAUCCCCUGGGAGCUGCGCUUGGCCAGCUCAUCAACCCCCUUUGGGUUUCUGAAGUCGGUGACAUAUCCCAGAUGGUGCUCUACGUCUCCAUCUUUUCGACGGUUUGCUCAGUGCCCGCCCUCUUCGUGCCCGCCCGUCCGCCAACACCAGUCGGCCCUGCCGCUGAAACUCCCAAGCUCAACCUGCGCAAAUCGAUUCGUGCUGUCACGAGUUCUCUCGAGCUCUGGCUGAUGUUCAUACCGUUUGCCGUCUAUGUUGGCUUUUUCAACUCCAUUUCUUCGCUGCUCAGUCAGAUGAUGACGCCCUAUGGCUUCAGCGAUGACGAAGCAGGCAUCGGAGGCGCGAUUCUCAUCGUAGUAGGUUUGGUUACUGCGGCGAUCACUUCUCCUAUCCUGGAUCGCUCCAAGAAAUUCCUGCUUGCGAUCCGGAUCGUGGUGCCCGUUAUCGCACUGAGCUUCUUCGUGUUCUUGUGGAUGCCGGAGACGAAAGAACUCGCAGGGCCCUAUGUUGUCCUGGGCAUACUUGGCGCCUCGUGUUUCUCUCUGGUGCCCGUUGCCUUGGAGUUUCUCAUUGAGCUCGGUCACCCUCUCAGUCCCGAAAUCACCUCGACCACGGCCUGGGCAGGAGGUCAGCUCCUCGGUGCCGUCUUUAUCAUUGUCAGCGAUGCUCUGCGCGCGGGUGACAACGCAUCACCACCUCAUAACAUGAAGAAGGCACUGAUCUUCCAAGCGGUUAUGGCGGUCGCGGCAGCCUUUGCACCACUGUCAUUGGGUUUGUUUGGGCGUGCGGACAAGGUCAAUCUGCGUCGGAUAGCGUCUGACACGCGAGGCCAUUGA